AUGGAAGGGACUUCAGCAGGAUGCGUGGAACAGAAAGAGGCUAGGUAGGAAAGCUCCUGGGAAAAGCAGAUAGACUGGAUGCUAGGCUCCCUGAGUCCUGAGCGGCCAUCCAGGAUUCCUGAGAUCCCUGGGUACAUCAUGUCAUUCCAGUUGAAGAUUCAUUUCCUUCCAGUCAGGCUCUUCAUUCUACUCUCCUUGACUGUCUUGUCAGAUGCCAUGGUCAUGGAUGAGAAGGUCAAGGAAAGCUUUGUGCUGGACACGGCUUCUGCUGUCUGCAGCUACGAUGCUCACUAUAAAGACCACCCCAAGUACUGGUGCCGAGGCUAUUUCCGGGGCUACUGCAACAUUGUCGCCUUCACACCCAACAGUACAGACCGCGUGGCCCUGAGGGACACAGGAAACCAGCUCAUUGUCACUGUGUCCUGCCUGACCAAGGAGGAUACAGGCUGGUAUUGGUGUGGCAUCCAGCGGGAUUUUGCCAGGGAUGACAUGGAUUUUACGGAGCUGUUGGUGACUGACAACAGAGGAGCAGCCCUGGCCAGUGACUUUUGGUCUGGGAAAGACCUAUCAGGCAACAGGAACAGAAGCUGCAGGGCUUCCAAAGUCGUCCACAAGGCAGAUCGCUCCAUGAUGUCCAUUCUCAUCAUCUGCAUGCUGAUCUCGGGUUUGGGGAUUAUCUCUAUAAUCAGUCAUUUGUCCAAAAGGAGGAGAAGUCAAAGGAAUAGAAGGGUAGACAACUCUUUGAAGCCCCUCUCACGUGUCCUGACUCCAAAGGAAAUGGCUCGUACUGAACAGACAUGA